GAAAAUAACUUUGAUUCAAGAAGACUUCAUUUUGUUGGUAAGGAUACCCAUGGACCCCCUUACAGGAAUGGGUCUUCAACGCAUUACAAGUAAGUAUGCCACUAGCACUGCUAACCAUUGUGCCCUGUUGCUAAUCCUAAUGGUGACCUUGGUCCUGGUUUAAACCAAAAUUUUGCUAGUUCAACUAGUUAUUGCAAUUACGAGGCUGCCAAAGAUUUGAAUGACUUAAUAUCCUUUUCACUAUUUCAUUAAAUGCCUGCGGCCUAUUUAAAAACCAUGAUGUCCUUUACCACUUACUAGCCAAUAUAAAUCAUAAGUUUUCAGUUCCUCCCAUAACUGAGACAUGGGUCAAAGAAAGUAAUGUUAAUGACUUAAGUUUUGAGGGUUACAAUUUUGUUAGCAACUAUCGCGCUAAUAUAAUUGGCGGGGAGUUGGCCUCUUUAUUGACAAAAAUUUCUCAUAUAAAAUCCUGCUAGAGUUUAAUGUUUCCAAUGCAAAUAUUAUUGAGUCUCUUUUCGUUGAAAUUUGCAUUCAACGCCAAAAAAUAAUAAUUAACAAUUAAUGAAUGAGGCUGAGUAUCUUAACUAUGGCGAUUGAGGCAGGUGUUAUCUCCAUAAUUCUUCAUAUGAUACAAAAGCAGAAUUCAAUAAUUGUUUUAUUAUUCAUUCAAAAUAAUUCCUAGUUUAAAAACAUAGCUAAAACAUGCUUACCUCCAUUGAUGUCAAGUUCAUCUUCGAUAGUGCACCUUUAGGGUUGUUCAGCUCAGCAAAUAUUCUCCAAAUAGCAGAUGUCCCCCUUCAAAUUGUCUUCUUGCUGUUCUACCAUAUUUUUAGCUAUUAUUUCACCUAGUUCUUACUCUUGAAAUGAGUGAAAUGUCCGCCAUUUUUGUUUUCACAACCAAAACAUGCACAACUCAACCUCAUCUCCAGGUCUCCUUGGUUAACAGUGCAUUAACCUGCAAAGAGGCUGUACUUUUGACGUCAUCGGUUGAUGAUACAUGCUUCCCUUUGGAAACUUUUAAAGGUAAAGCUCUAAUUUCCUUCAGGAAACCUUCAACCUUGACUUACAAAGAGCUUACUUAGGUCAAUGAACAAGAAAAAUAACCUAUACAAACAAUACCUUGGUCAUCGAUCAAAUGAAAAACUUCCCAAAUACGAAACGUUUAAAAAGAAACUAACUAAUCUUCUUAGAGUCGCCAAGAGGUUCCAUUUUCAAAAUCAAAUUGAAGUAAAUAAGACUAACAUCAAGCAGAUGUAGAGGAUUUUGAAUAAUGUAAUAGACCAAAACAAAAAAAAAAUUGACAUACCCGUUAGUAGAUGAAAAUGGUGAAAGCAUUACCAGCACAGAAAAAGUCAUCAACAAAUUCUGUAAAUAUUUUACAAAUAUCGGUCCAAAUUUGGCCGAUAAAAUAGACCCUGCCUUCAAGUCAUUCCAGGAUUUCAUAAAAAGUGAGCCCUCAGACUUGAUGUCUAGCAUUACUCAUGUCACCGCCAAGGAACUCAAAGCAAUAAAGAAGAUUUUAAGGACGGUAAGGCCCCCGGAGCUGACAACAUUCCAAUUUCUAUUAUCAAAAAAACGCUUGACCUUAUUUCAGAUUUGCUGCUAUCAAUAAAUUAUUAACCCAUCUUUGUCAUUAAGAGAUUUUCCAGAUACACAGAAAAUAUCUAAAAUUAUUCCUAUCUUUAAAUGUGAUAACGCUAGCCUAACACAAAACUACCAACCAAUUUCUAUACUUCUGCCUUUUCUAAUAUUUUUGAAAGAGCUGUUUAUGAUUGCAUAUUUUAAUUCUUAGAUGAUAAUGACAUAUUAUUUAAACAUCAAUUCGAUUUUCGUCCUGGCCACUCUACUUCCCACGCGUUGAUUAAUUUUGUGAGCAAAGUCACUGAUGCCAUUGGCUGCCAAAAAUACAAUGUAUCUAACUGGUAUAUUUCUUGACUUAUCAAAAGCCUUUGACACCCUAGAUCACGUAAUGCUUCUAUCAAAAUUGGAAGAACGUGGCAUCACUGGGACAGCCAAUCAAUGGAUAACUGACUAUUUUCGUCAUAGAAUACAAUUUGUCCAAAUUGACGAUUCUAAAUCUGAUGCUUUAAGACAAAUUUGUGGCAUAUCACAAGGCUCGAUGCUAGGUCCCCUCUUUUUCAUUAUUUAUAUCAAUGAUCUCCCAGCCUGCUCUAAUGAACUCGAAUUUAUAUCAUUUGCUGAUGACACAGUGAUCUGGAUGUACUUACCUCCCAUCUUAACAACCAGCUGCAAAAGCCAAUAAGUUAUCAAUCAAUGUUCAGAAAACAACACUAAUGAUUUUCAGACCAAGGCAAAAAACAUUACUUAUCACAAGGCAGAUUAUUAUAGAAAAAAAUGUACUUGAACAAGUAGAUAAUACUAAGUUCCUCGGAGUUUAUAUUGAUCAGCACCUUACGUGGAAAACUUGUAUUAAUUUUGUGGCUAAGAUUUCUAAAUCUGUUGGGUUACUUUAUAAAGCUAAAUACUUUUUGCCCUCAAAAUCUCUUCUCCUCUUACCUACUGUAGACAACUAAAAGAAUUUACAAGAAUACAAUUCUGUCUGGAUUUGAUAUAAUGUUUCCACACUUAAUGCGGGCGAAAUAUCAUCACAUUACUCUCUCUCAAUAACUCUCGCCUUCUCCACUUAAAUCAUCACAUGUAAACUUUGCUGACACAGUCGAUUUAUUCAAGAUCCCGGAUGUAGAUGAGCCGUUUUGAGAGGGACACAUGGACGCAAGCCUUCAAAACAAAUUUUUACUAACUCUCUGGCCUGGUCAGAAAUCAGCAUCAAUUUUGCUCUCGCCGAAUAGUUUUGACUCCUAAAAGCUACUUUUUGAGGCCAGAGACUUGUCACCGCCCACAUCAAAGCUCGUAAUACGAUGCCUUUCCGUCUCAAGCCCGAGAUCAGUGUUUCAACCGUUUAGCAAAAAUGAGACGAAAUACGGUAACAUAUUGAACGAUGGCAGACUUUGCCAAUCGUGACACUUGUUCCUUCAUAAGGCUUAAUGAUGCCUUCCAGAAAACUUUGCUGCAGGCGGUCAAAAAGAAACCUAGAAAAUUAACCAGUCACAGAAAACUGUUUCUACAGCGCGCGCUGAUUUCAAAUGUCAUAGUGUUUUAUUGGGGGGGGGGGGGGGGGAGAUGUACACACAUGUUUUUUGAUCUACUGCAGCUUUUAUGGGGAUUUCUGCACUGAAAAGAUCAUUUAAAAAAAUACAACAAGAAUGGUCAAGUACUGAACAAGCCUCAAAUGAGACUGUUGCUAAAAAUUUCUGGAGGUACCUUUUAUCAAAUCCAGACAGAAUUAUAAAUAAAUAAAUAAACAGUACAUACAGUAGUGGGACACCCAAAAUAACUAAAAAGCUAAACUAGCUGGGUGACCAUAAUUAUGAUAAUUAAAACUGUGAAAGUCAGAAAAGAGGCACAACAAAUACAUCGGUACACAUAAAUAUCAUAACUUGGCACAAAAGUAAUAAUAACAGAACAAAACAAUAAAUAAAUAAAUAAAUAUAAACCAUCAAAAUAUCACUAAAGAUUAAUAGAGACUAAUGACAUGUGGAGUUAGUUCUUUUUUGAUUGGAAGUACGUACGACACUUGAAUCUUUCAUCCAGUUCAUUCCAUAGUUUAGGAUUUAAAAAUCGAACAUUAAAUUUGCCAUAAUUUGUUCGAAUUUUUGGAAGAUAGAAAGUAGAUCUAGAUGCAAAGCAAGUAUUUACAUGAUGUUUACAAGAUGUUUUAACAAAAACCGAAUCAAAGAUCUUUGGUAGUUUGCUAGUACUAAAUUACAAGCGGAUGUCAUUUAUUUAAAUUUUUCUAAGGCUUUUGAUCGUGCAUCUUACAAAAAACUCCUAUUUAAGCUUGAAUGCCUUGGUAUUGGUGGAUCCUUGCUAGCUUGGUUUAGAUCAUAUUUAUCAGGUAGAAGACACAGAGUCGUGAUAGAUAACGAGUCGUCUGAUUUCCUCCCUGUAACAUCUGGAGUCCCGCAAGGGUCAAUUUUGGGGACUUUACUGUUCUUGGUUUUUAUCAGUGAUAUAUAACUAAUGCAAUUUCAAAGGAAACAUCAUUCCCCUCUUUCUGAUGACUCAAAGUGUUUUCGCUUAAUUCUUGGGCAGGAUGAUGGCAACAAAUUGCAGGAUGACUUGAAUAAGUUAUUUCAAUGGUCUCGUAUCUGGGGUAUGGAGUUUAAUGCCAAGAAGUGUAAGGUUUUAAGGGUGAUUCAUAUAAGAUCAAUCGAUGACAGGGACUAUUGUCUUGUUGGGAUUAAGUUAAACCGUGUUGAUGUCGAGAAAGACCUGGGGGUUUUGGUUAGCCACAAUUUAAGCUGGAAUAAUCACGUUGAUCUUAUCUCCACAAAAGCUCAAAGAAUGCUUAAUGUCCUUUACCAAACUUGCAGGGACAUAAAUGAUAUUAGUACAAAGAAAUUACUUUUUUUGCUUAGGUUCAUUCGCGCCUUGAAUAUGCUAGCGUGGUAUGGUCUCCUCAUACCAAACGAAAAAUUAACAAUAAUUAUUUUGGAACAAGUUCAAUGCAGGGCUACCAGAUUCAUUCUUGGAAGGGACUUUUCUGAGCAAGGGGGGGCUGGCAACGGCCUUUGAUCUUACCACUUUUUGGCUUUCCAUGAUAGCCCCAGUUAAGAAAUCUGUCAAUCAUUCAAGAACUGUAGCAAGCAUGAGCAAAACGGGCUGGGAACAACAACAAAAACAAGUUCGUCUUCGCAGCGAUUCGACAGUGGGAAGUGAACCGGGUGGGGGGGGGAGGCACUUGGGUAUUUUUUGGGUGGGUAUGUGCCGCCCGGGACUUCAAAUUGGCACCCCGUUCUAAAAAAAUUUCUGCUAAAAUUGAUACCCUGUUCUAGAAAUGGGCCAAUUUUUUAUACUCUGUUCUAGAAAGUUUGUAAAUUGAAAUAGUCCCGUUUUUUAAAAAAGAUAUUUCUUUAUUUGUUCGACUUAUGCAUCAAAUAAAUGCUUCUUCAUAAUCAGCAACAAUUUUAAGCACAAGAUAAAGCCAUGGUCCACAAUUUUUUUAUUUCCCAUCUUAUUAAAUUGUGUUAUUAAAUUAUUAAAUUGUUUAUCCAAGAUGGCGGAGUCAGCGCUGGCGGCUUGCGCCAAAAUACGCCCGCCCUGCACCCUAAAACACAGGGUGCAACAAGAGCACAACAGUUUUCUUGUUAACGCAUUGAACCAUAUUUUUAAAAGCAAUCUGUCCUUGAAUAAUUUCAAAUGUCUGCUUACAAAACUGGAGCUUUCGUGUAUUUGAAGGACACACUGUUCAUUUCCCUACCCUCUUUAAGCCAAGAGACCUUAUUUCAUAAUCUGAUUCACUUCAUUUAGUAUACAUAAUUCAGUUAGCUUUUAAACUUAGAAACACGGAAAAAACUUGGGAAAAAAUGGUGGUACCAAAAAUGUAACUAUAGACUGCUCUUCAUCAACAUUUACAGCCCAAACAGACACGCUGUUCAAAACUCUAAAGGGUGAAAUGGUCACCACCCUAAAUCAGCAGCACAUACCCAUCUAGGCCAAAUAAGCCAAAGGUAGUAUCGUAGAAAGAACUGCUGAGGGGAUUGGGCUCAAGGGACAAUAACUUCUUUUGAUGGCUGGUAGAAAAAAUUUUACCUUGUUUAUUUUAGUUGUAAAUCAGAUUGACAACUUACACAGACAAUUGAAGUUGUACAUUUUCAAGCUCCUUUGAUUCUCUUUGCAAAACAUUCAAUUCUUUUUUCUGUUUCUUGUACUUCGACCGUUUGAGGGAUUUUCUCAAUGCAUACCACUCUCUGUUGUACUCACUCUUAUUAGCAACUGGAUUAGUCUCUUGUCCCCACACUAAACCAUUAUAAUCAUUUAUAAAAUAGCUAAGAUAGUACGCGCGCUCUGAUUGGCCAAGAGGCGUGUUUGCAUGAGAGUAUGUAAACAUGGUUGUGACGUCAAGAUGUUUUGCUUUUUGCGCGCUAAUCACGUAAGCACGAAUUUGAAAAAGUUUUUGACUUCAAAACUCGACAAGGUUACUUUAUUUACUCAUUCCUUUGUCGGCUGAAACUUGGAAAAUCUUUAUAAACAAGCUGUGUAAUUUUUUUUUGCUAAAGCUGACAUUUUAAGCGAGAAAAAUCUGUAUUUUGGAAAACAUCUUUUUGCAAAACAAGAACUGAUUACACGUGCAAGACUUCGUGUACAAGACUUUGGGACUGGUAAGAAUUUCUGUUUUAAUCAGUACCAUAACAAAGAGUUUUGGAGUUUUUUCUCGGUAAAGUUAUUUUAUAAAAGCAACAGAAAACUUUUUUCCUGUGUUUGCAUAGGCUGAUAUAAACACUCAAGGGGUUGGGAGAAUUCUUGACAGUUAUGCAAACCCGAGAAUUUGAAGGUUCAGUAAACCCCUCCCAGCCUUCUGAUAUGAAAAAUAGCUUAUACUGACAGACCCAGUAUAUGUGAAGCAAAGUGACUUGAACAUUUACCCGGGCUUUUACUAAAUUGGCCCUAUAUUUUGUCUUUAACCUCGUUAAUAUUUGUUGUGGCUCCCAGUGUACAAACAAACUUGCAAACAGCGAAGGACAAAAUUGGUUUAACGAACAUUCACGUACACGUAUAACUGUGGCAAGACUCAUACUAAUGUUGUGUGCUAGUAGCAUAUGUUUAGGAUAAGGAAGAGAGUCUUAAUAGUGCUGUAAGUGGAAAAAUAUAAGAGAUGGAGCAGGCUGGUCGCCCGCAAAAAUUCACGGAGCUUAUAUAAAAUAACUGAACUUGCCAAGAUGCCGAAUCACGAAAAGUGAAGUCACCCAUGGACUGUUCAUACAUCAUACCUCCUGAUGUCCAAAAAUUCUGUUAAAAAAGUUCAUGAAAACCUUUCAUUGAUGCUUGGACGUGAAAAAUCUUAAACCAAGGAAAACUUCAUCGUCCUUCCAUGUUUGCUUCCAUGUGUGCAUUCUCUGCCAUAUUUGUUUUGAAGGAAAAUUGGUACUGAGUCUCACUUGGCCAGAUUUCAUAACUGGGGCAAUCAUGUAAACUCGGAUCCAGACCUCGCUGCCAGCCCCCACCCCCUGAUUCUGAGUAUGAGCACCUUAGUUAGUUAAAUUUAUUACCUUUGAAGUAUCACAGAGAAAUUAAGAAAGUUUUACAAAUCAAUUGUAAAACACAGUUAAUGGAGCGUGACACCCUCAAUCAACAACAUGUAACACAGUGUUAUGCUAUAGCCCUUAUGAAACCUAGUAGAAGUUUACUCGUGGUGGGUAAAAGUACUGGGUAGUACAAAAAAUCACAGCUAUAGCUGGGAAAUUACUGAUACAAUAGCAAUCCUUGUUUUUGUUGCAGUUGGGGCUAGUUUCUAAUGUAUCGUUACGCUUUGUAAUUGCGGUUUAAAUCUCACGGCGACUUCCCCAAGCUUUGAUUUUAACGCAAACUUUUAUAUUUGAUUGUAUUCCAGCACGUGCCAGCGGAGUCAGCUCGUAGUGCUGAUAAGAUAAAGUUCCUAGGACAACUUAACUUAAUUUUUAACUUUAACUUUUAUUAUUC